AUGCUCCGAAAAAGCAUUCAACUCGCUUUGAUAUCUUUGGCUUUCACGCAUCAAAAUGAUGUUGUGCAUACUGGCUAUCUAGACAUCUCCACAAACAUCAUACUUCAAGGAAUCAAAGACACCUCCAUUCUCUGUCAGAUUGAAGACGAUGAACUAACAAGGCCAAUUGCGAGGAAAAUUCUUGAUGACCGUGAGAUUUAUUUCUCUCGGCUAGUGCCUCUCAGCGCAGGACUACCUGUUCUUUCUGACUUUGGAGAGGCUAGGAUUGGAGCGACGAAGCAAAAAGGCGAUAUAAUGCCAGGGAUUUAUCGGGCUCCAGAAGUGAUUCUGGAUAUGGAAUGGGAUAAUCGUGUUGAUAUCUGGUCCAUUGGUGUCAUGGUCACAUUUGGCAGAAAUGGUAUCACUUAUGGGGCCUCCGCCUCUAGAGUUUCUCCAGAGAAGUGUGAAAUCCCUCAGUUAUUGGGAUACCGAAGCUAUUUAUGUCCAUCUAUUUCCCUACUUGUUGAUAUUUCUUAUGGAAGAAUAGGGAACUGGAAAGGGUCUAUACCCAUACCAGAACAGUCAUUCGAAAUGAGAGCACAGCGAUAUCAUGGUGACAACAAAGAGCUUUUUGUACAGUUUCCGAAGCGAAUCAUGUGCUGGCUUCCUGAGGCGCGACCCUCUGCAGAGAAACUGGCGUAUGAUGAGUUUCUCAUGCAGCCAAUACAGACUCGGACCCGAUCAUCUCAUUCAAGUUGA